AGUGAUCGAGAUAAAUGAACUAUAAUUGAGCUUUAUGAACGAUAUUCGAAAUUAUUAACGACAAUCGAGUUUUCUAGCGACAGCCGAGAUUUUAUAUACGAUAGUCGAGUUUUACGACGGUCAUUUCGGUCAGCGGACACGAUAUAUUUCUAUGGGGUACUUUGUGUUAAAAUAACCUAACCCAUCACUCAUUUCCAUAAAUGGCGGAUCCUCGUCAGACUGUAAAUCGUCUUCUCGAUCGCAUAAGUGAGUUAGCAGACGCUAUUUCGCCGCAAGUUGAGGCAGAAACACGACGCAUAUUUCGCAAUGAAAACGUGAAAUCUAUCCCAAGCAACACUAGCAGUUCGCCGUCGUUUGUUGUGCGGCAAAAUGAUAACACGCAACAAGCUGUGAUCGAGACACCGCCACAACCUACACGGACACAUGGCCCAACUACAGCUACAACCUCACAAACGCCUGCUAUGACAGCUGCCCAGCCACAACCCCCAAACUAUCGAAGAACAUUUGUAGCGAGACGGCAGUUUGGCGGACAACGAUCAACGUUUAGAACGCAACGCCAGCGGCAGAGAAAUGUUUCGUCGAGGCCAAAGGUCACAGACACAAGACCAUUCAUGCGCGACUUGGUGUUGUUGUCAGGUCCUGAUGAUACUAUCGUGCCACGUCAGGGAAGUCGCCUAACCUUGAUGGAGAAGGGCCAUGUAAUUUCAGGAUGCCGCUUCACCAAGGCAAUGAAUGCAGUUCAAGUCCACCUUGCCAUUAUUGAAGCUUUUGAUGGAAAAAUCCCUGAUGGUGUUGACAUUGAAUUGUUAAUGUCAGUGCAUACAUCAUUGGUUGCACCAACCUUGGCCCCUGGGCAACAUGGCAUUGACGGUGCUAUGUUGCAAAGGCUAUUCCAAAAUAAGCCUGUCUAUGUCCGCCCAAGUAGGCAGUUAAUCCCUCAACGUAACGAAACUUCACAACAGCCAACCAUAGAGCCAACUGAUUUGUUCAGUGUCACAGAUGAGGAACUGAACCAAGCUGUUGAAACAUUUGAAGAACAGAUGUUACGGACCACGACAGCACCAUCAACAGAUCACCAACCAGGACCUUACAAUGUACUACCACCUGACGUGUUGACACCACCUGUACAACAACAUUCAGCCCCUGGAAUUGUACCACCUGCCACAUCAGUGCCACCCAUAGAUCUGCCAGAUUCUGGAUUUGUACCGCCUCCCACCACAUUAGCCACACAAAACCCUAAUGUAACGGUUCCAGAACCAGUUAUAUCAUCAAUUGCAAUAGAUAACCUUAAUGAUGACAUCUCAGUUGCUUCGGAUGAUGAUUUGCCUCAAGUCCUGUUUGUAGAGGAAUCGGCACUUAGGCAUCCAAAAGAAAUCUUUGUACCACGAAGCAACCUGUUAAAAGAGGUGAUUGAGCAGUUCAAGGUUACAGAUAUUCUGGACUACAAUAUCACAUUUGUUAUUGUGGCAGAUAACAACACUCCAGAAUCAGGUCGUGGUAGUGGUGUUACGCGUGAAGUGCUUAGUAUAUUUUGGAAGGAAUUCCAAGUUUCUCUGGCAACUGGAGCGUCUGAAAAGGUGCCCUCUAUCCGGCAUGACUACCAAAAAGAUCAGUGGGUUAGCAUUGCUCGGGUACUAGUAUUCGGUUUUCGGAGUCAUAAGUAUUUCCCCAUUUUUCUGUCUAAGGCAUUUCUUAUCACAUGCCUGUUUGGAGAAGAUGUCCUAACAAAGGAAACUCUAUUUGAUUCCUUUUCCUCCUACAUGUCAACAGAUGAAAACGAUACAAUGCAAAAAUCUUUAAAAGGAGAGAUUGCUGUUGACGAUGACGACCUGCUUGAUUUGUUAAGCAGUUACAAAUGCUAUCGCCAGCCAGCAGAGAAUAGCAUGCAAAAAAUCUUUGAAGAGUUGGCUCACCAAGAGCUUGUACAAAAACCAAAGUACAUUGCAGAUGCAUGGGGUCCUUAUUUACAGCCAUUAAAAGACUUCCAAGAAUUCUUGGAUGUCAACACCAUGAGCACGCUGUAUGAAGAGAAAAGGCCCACCUCAAAGCGUGUCAUAAAGCUGCUGAAAGCUGAACCAUCAUCAAAUGCUGAACGAGAGUGUCUUGAUCACCUGAAACGGUAUAUUAAGUCCUUGGGUGAAAGCCAACUAUCAGGUCUGUUGCAGUUUGUGACGGGUUGCAACAUUAUAACUGUUGAUGAAAUUUGCGUGACUUUCACAGAUGCAGUUGGCAUUAGUCGCCGCAUUGUUGCACAUACUUGUGGUCCUCUUCUUGAGUUGCCAUCUACAUUUCAAACAUACAAUGAACUAUCUGAAGAAUUCAGUAAAAUAUUAGCAAACGUGUUCGCCUGGUCAUUCGAAAUUGUAUGAGUUAUAGAUAGGUAAUAGUGGUUUUGAUAAUCAAAUUGUAAAUAUCUGUUAUGUUCUAGGGGUUUUGUUUUAGGGGUUUUGUUGAUUAAUGAACUGAACUGGUAAUUCAUGGAGUAAUUAUAUCAUUAGAUUUCCAAUACCAUGGAUAUAUUAAAAGACGUAUUAAUUAAGAUGAAUAUUUAUUAAACCACAUUUCCUUGAAAUUUUUUACAACCUAA